UUUACGGCAUUUUUGCAAGACGAGCUGAAGAACGAGAUGCUGUUUGUGGAGCAACCCAAAGGUUUCGCCGGCAAUCGACGGAAAGUUUGCAGUCUUCGCAAGUUGAUGUAUGGUUUCAAGCAGUCCAGUAGAGUCAGAAAUAACCAGUUGGACCAGGCGUUACAAGAAUUAGGAUUGACUCAAUCGAAGGUGGAUACAAUGGCUUUACUACCAGGCCACGGAAGGGAAGAUGCUUUUCGAAUCUUCCUUCAAAUCUGGAAAAAAUCUCCUGACUACGACAUUUUCAAAUUGAUGAUAGACAAACGACGUAUACUGGAAUUUCUCGAGGCAACUUCCACUGAAUUGGUAAAAAUUCUCACUAUGCCUGUUAACCACCUAACACCACCAUCUGAAACGUACCCUCUGGAUAUCAAAGUAUCAAGCAGAUCACCGGAAGUUCGAUGGACAAACAAGAUGAAUCGUGAACUGCAGAUUUGUUACUAUAUUGCCACCGAAAGUGGAACCGACAAAACAGGUUACCAACAUAGACUUCAGCAGGUUUGGAGUAAACGAAACCGUUCAUAUGCUCAUCUCUCUAAUGAACAGUUGCUCAGUCGGUUGAGAAAAAUUCAGACAGAACGUAUUUUGGAAGAAUCCGAGUGUGUUGAAAAAAAGUUAGAAGCUCAGGCCCAUAAGAUGUAUCAGUUACGGAAAAUAUCUUACAAAAAUAGGAAAGUGUUUCGAAACCUCAACAAAACUUAUGAACAGCUUUAUGAGGUGUAUUCUGUUAAUCGUGCCCUGAAAUAUGUAAAUUUGAUCGUAGACAGAAAAUUUAACCCCCGAGAAGAAGUGGAUGUCCUAGCUAUAAAAAGGGUUAUUCAAGUUAUGGAACUGACCAUUAAAACAUGUCGAAAAACUCCUAUUUUAGGAAAAGUGUUGCGGACUUUUCUAAACAUUUUAUUUCCACAUUUUUUCCUGAGCCACACAAAUGUGAGGCAGCAUCUGCUUCACUGCAAUGAAAAGCGACAAAGCUCGAACGAAAAACUUCUGGAAAUCAUCGUUGAAUUUCAUCGCAAUCUGAAGAUUAUCCGUAAUCUGUUGGUACACGUUCAAAAUCUUCAGCAAAUAAGAGCGAUCAAAAUCCUGAUGAACCGUUUAUGCAACAGUCAGUGUCUGGCUGAGAUCAAAUCUUUUUAUGAUUAUUUGGCACAAAGUAGAACGAAAAAAUUGGGGAAAAACCUCGAGUUCGCUCCUUUCCUACUUUUGGAAACUAACUCCUAUCUAACGGAAGCAGUUGAAGAGCUGCAGGCUGCUGGCGUUUUCGAUGUAGCUGAAAAACUAAUCUAUAUUAAAACCCUACUUGGUAAGGAGAUAAACAGCUAUGGGAAUCUUCAUGAUCAGUUCAACAGCUCAAUGGUUUUGAUGGACAAUAUCAUAUCGAAGAUUAAAGCGAACGAAAGCUACGAUAAGCUGCGGCACAUGUUUCGAUCGCAUUUGCGCGUAUUUCAGCUGGACCACAAAAUCCAUCAACCGUUUUUGGUUCAAUUGAGAACACAUCUCUCGUCGGUUUUGUUGCAAGAUUUUAAGGAAAUUAGUAACGAAAAUGUACUGCAUCGUUCAGCUAUGAUGAUCAUAAGAAUGUUUGAUGCUAUGGACAACAAUGUGGGGAGAUUUGAUCAGAGGCCCGUUAUUCCCUCACCAGAAGAGAUAGAACAUUUAUUCUCGAGCACGUAUUCUUCUACACCCGUUUCAUCUGAUUCUCAGAAAUGUGAUUGUGAAGUCGUGGGAGAAAAAAUCUUCGAACUGCAGAGGUUGUUCUUCAAUGAAGGAAUGACUCUACUUCCGAUGAACCAGAUAGAUUUGAUAGCUCUCGAAAUGAUCAUGGCGGAAGUAACCUGUGCGCUAGCCUCGAAACUUCCUAACAAUUCAAAGAGUCUCAGCUCCGUUUGUCCCGUUCUAACCGGUCUGAAUCUCAAAAACUAUCUCCUUAAUGGGAAUAUCGUCUACGAGGUUCUUAUUCCCACUAUAAACGCUAAAACGAUGGCUCAAAACGCUCUUAGUGUCAUAAAGUUGUCCAAAAAUAUCAUCACAGAAAUCUACAAGCGUCACAAUUGGGAUUUUCGGGAGCGUUUGGAUGUUGUUGCAAGUCAAGUACAGUUUUUCGAUGGACUCCAUGAGCUGGACGGUGACGAGCUAGUCGAAAAGAUAAAGGAUAUCAAAUAUGUGAUCGGUCGAGAUCAUGCGAGACGUGGCCUUCUAGAAAAUUUGACGCGGUGUAAAAGUGAUCUUGUGCUCGAUCAAAUUCUGGACUUAGAGUUGGGAUACACCAGUGAGUUGCUCAGGCAGAUUAUGUUUCUGACGGAUGAGUUAGCUACGACUCCAGGACUUAAGCAGCUUACAAACCUGUUAGCCGACCCUGAAAAACGGAUAGAUUUAUGCUACUACUUAGCUGCGUUGAGUAAGGAUGAAGAUAUUUUCGAAAAAGUGGUCUUAAAAUUCGGUUACGAAGGCAUCGACUCAAUAUCUUUGGCCUACAAUCACGGCCAACUGUUUGUCAGUUUUUUGGAAGCACACCCGGAUUACGACGUUAACUCGGAUUCGAACACAGAGAUCCUCCAUUACGCGAUCAAAUCUGGUAAUACCGAACUGGUUAAUCUCCUUCUGGAUCAGUGCAACGAUAUCAACCAAUGCGACGGUGAAGGAAGAAGUCCCCUUGAAGUGGCCUGUGCGCUGGGGAACUUUGAGAUGAUCAAAACGCUGACCAAUGCUGGGGCCAGGUGGUACAGCAACAGUCUUGGUCAGUAUUGGUGGUUGUUCUUCAAUUACGACUAUGAGACAUUGAUCUUCCUGAAGAAUAACGAUCUUCUCAGCGAAAAGAUUGUUCACAGCUGUUUAGGUUUAUUUUUGCAGUAUUGUGACGAUGCGAUGGAAGAACUCGUUGAGCUGAUGCUAAGUUAUGGAGACUACAGAAAUGUUUACCCGUUGGCUGCCAAAUUCGGAAGAGGUUAUGUACUGAAGUACAUGAUCGCCAAUGAUAGUAGCCUUCAAGUCAACGUAAACCAAUUAGAUUUGUAUAAACGACCAGCGCUCCACUAUGCCUGUGUUACGGGGAAUACCGAGGUCAUACAAAUUUUAUUGAAAUCUUGUCAAGAUUUAAAUGGCAAAACGUCUUUACAUACGGCAGGAGAAUGUGGCAACCAUAGAAGCGUCCAAACAUUACUGGAUAACGGCGCCGCCACUAAUACAAAAAAUGAUUUAUGUAAAUUCCCUAUCAAAGCAGCGCUGGAUCAAGAAAAUCUUUCGUUAUCUGAAAAAAUUUCGAAAAUUUUGGUCAGAAAAAAUAAAAACUUGAAUAUUUUGUUGAAGGGAUAAAAGCUCCAACACCAUGAAUGUCUGAUAAGUUUGGAAAACCUCAGCACAACAAUAAAAUAACUACCUAUCUGUUUAGGUUAAAUAUGUACAUGUGUAAAUAUCCCAUUCGAUCAACAUACAUAUUUAACAAUUCGAGCAGUAUUUCUUACCGAUAAAAAAUCGUUCUACUGAAUAAAUAGGUAACUUGAGAGAAAUCGUGACAUAUGAAGCCCAAAAACUGAUGCAGAGAAAACGUCAUCUGCCACUCGAUAGGCGCAAUAGUUCUUAAGACAAACAAUAGACAUCUAUGAGUGUACCUUGAACUGGGAACACUUAUAAAUGAACCGGCUGCAUUAACCAAACGGAAAUCGCAACAAUCACCUACCAGCUAUACACAGCUAAACCAGGAAAACUUGAAAUAGAAAAUCGUGCAAUCCACAUUUUUAUUGCUCUUAAUCGCGUUUACAACAAUUAUGUUCCACAAACACUGCAAUAACCAAUAUACAAUUGACAAAAUGUAUACCACAAUAAAAUCCAUAAAUCAUAUUGAAUGGCAGAUGACGAUUUCACAAAAAAAGCAAAAUUUCCAUCACGGGUGAAUGACGUUGUUAGUUUUUAAAUACCAUAUUCACAUUUAGAAAUCGCCCUUCAAGAUGGACUUCCCUAUGAAAAUCGCCGAAAGGACGUCAAUCAAUUGCUGGGUAUUACGUUGAGGUGCAGAACAGAAAUGAACAAUUAUGAGCGAAAUUACAAAAAAAAAACACAGAAAAAGAUCCCUUGAGAUAGUGAUGUAUGUGGCUCUGAAUUUGGGGAAGAAAGCUAGAACUGUCAUUAUCGUAACAGAUCUUUAAAUAUAUUCAUACCACACUGAAUCACGACUGGUUCAAAUUUCUAAAAGAUCAAACUUAUCUCUAAAACAAUGAUAAUCUUUGAAAAGAGGUUAUCAUUGUGUUAGUCCGAGAAAAAUCGCAAAUCUUAAAUCGGGAUCUUUACAGAUACGAAUCCGAAAUCCAAUGAUAAAUAGUACUUUAGAAACGAGCUGUUGACAAACUUAUGUUAUUCCUAUGUGUAAUAGUAGAAAUCAUAGAUUUUUAUUCAUGUAAAACUGUAAGAAUGAAUAGUGCUCUGAAAUCAAUUUUGGGAUACAAAAACAUGUACUGAUCAAAGAUGAGUUCCAUCGGAGUUGAAAAAUCCAUUCAGAAAGAUUGUAGUCAGAAUUAAAUGUAUAAUUUUU